ACCCCCGAGGAGCGCGAGCCCACUCCUGCAUUCAACUCCGACAACUACGCUGCACCUUUCUCUAGUCUCGUUCGUCGGACUCGGUUUCAGAAGACAGCCGCUUCCGUAGUGCGUUCCGUGCGAAACGGUAUCGCUUCCAACUAGGAAUAAAGGUUCGACGCAGGGAGGUCGGCGGGUGGAGAAGGCAAGGCGGGAAGAGUUCUGCCCCCGUCAGAUCUGUCGCGGACACACAGAACUGUUGCUUACCGAGUUACCGAGAUACUGCGUCAUUGUUGCGAACCUGCUCGUCUUCGCCACGACUCUAAGCGCCGGCUGGGAGGGGGGACUCCGCUCUCGGAACGGGCCGCGUGGCCCAGCCAGGUAGUAGCUUUCCCGAGAUGGCUCUGAAACGACUAAGUAGCAUCCCGGUGGAACGGGCGCGCUGAGCCAGCCAGCCACCCCGCUGCUGCUGGUGCUGCUGCUUUGGUGCUGAAUCAUUAGCACCUGUCGCCGCUGCCUCCAUUCCCGACGGUCGCCCCACGAGCGGCUUUUGAGUCGACUCACUCAAUAGUCACCCCUUUUGAGUCGACUCACUCAAUAGUCACCCCUUUUGAGUCGACUCACUCAAUAGUCACCCCUUUGGUGCUGAAUCGUGCUCGCGCCUGUCGCGCUGCUUCCCUUGCCGACGGUCGGACGGUCGUCCCUCGAGCGAGGGCCCACUGAUAGAGCACCGGCAGGCGGGCGUCGCUUGGGUGCGUGAGGAAAGCGACGAGAAGGACGAAACGAAAGUGAGAAGGAAAGAGACGAGAAAGGGAGGGACGCGUAUCACUGCGAGACAGCGAGGCGGAUGGGGGCAUCAGGCAGUAAAAGCACUGCCGGGCCCGCUCCUGUUCCGUCUCGUCUUCCUGCUGCUGCCUCUGCUGCUUCUGCUGCUUCUGCUGCUUCUGCUGCUUCUGCUGCUUCUGCUGCUGUGUCAACACUUUUAGAAUCACCCGGCCCAGCUGGGUUGAGAGAGGGGGCAGAGACGUUGCCAGUGGCAGGGGACGCUGCAGCAGAUUCAGCAAAAGCAGCGCCACCAGCAGCAGCAGCAGCGGCGGCGGCAGCAGCACGGGAGCAGCGGUUGCGAGCAGCGGAGUUGGAGGCGAGGGCGCGGGUGCUAAGCACCAAGGUCAGAUGCGUGGAGUGCGGGCACCAGAGCAUCGAGGACUCCAACGCCGAUGUCGCUGUUUUUAUGCGAAAGAUGAUUCGUGACGAGCUGAGCAAGGGCCGGCAGGAGGGGGAGAUCUUAGAUACCCUCAAAGACAAGUAUGGCGACUCCGUGGUCUACUCGCCCCCAUUCCAGGGCGCCUCUGCUGCCCUCUGGCUCACUCCAGUGUUUGUGCUGGCAGCAGCAGCGGCCUCAGCAGCUGUUCGCCGCAGACCCCUGGCAGCAGGCACUGCAGCCACAGCAGCCACAGCAGCACAGUCCGCUGUCCGCCAUGCCCAUGCCAUGCCACGGAGAGCAGUGCGCUCCAGACAGGCACACAGGUGACACACAGCUGACACACGCAGCUUGCUUUUGUGGAAGCGUUUACACGGAAACGUAUACAUGGAAGUGUGUACAGUGUACACAUGGAAGCAGCUAAAUGGAAUUGUAUUCAAGGAAAUAUGUGGUACAUGGAACAGGAACAGGAAUUGGUUUUGGGGCAUGCUUAGGAAUCAGGGUAUUCUUAUGAUUUCACCCUGAUUUGUAAGGGUGCUAGGGGCAAAUUCGGCCUCAAAUCACCUUUUUACCCUUACAAAAUCAGGGUAUACUCUGUAAAGUGGGCGCUGGCAAGGGUACGGUAAUCGGGGUGUCAACCCCUGUCCAUGUCAUGGAAGUGUCAUCAUGCAAGAUUUGCACGAUAACUGACCAGCUUUGCAUUUCGAGGUACAGGUCACUCUUUUCCAGCGA